GUAGCUCUCUCGACUCUGCUACGCUCGCUUCUCACACAGGAGUUCUAAGGUUUAUUCCAUUUCCAAAUGAUAUGUUUAUGAUUUAACAAAUACCAACCAUACAUAGUAUGUGCCAUUUCUGCCAACAGGUAUGAAGAAAAAAAUUGACGAUUUUGAAAUAAUGGAGCAGUCCCCAAUCAUCCUGCCUACUCUGGAGUUCAUGGCCACUAACAGGAGCCAGGUCAAUGGAUCUUUUAUGAAUCUGCAAUCAUCAGAAGAAAUAUUAUACUGUGUUUCUCUUUUCAUUUCCCUACUAGGGAUAGUCAGCAAUGGACUUGUCAUUUAUUUCCUUCUCUCUCACUUCAAGAAGACAUCCUUCAUUGUCUAUAUCCUGCAUCUCUCAAUUGCUGGCCUGACUUUCCUUGUUUGUACAAGUACCUUUCUUAUAAGAGACAUAGUUUACUUUUAUUCUCACAGGAACUUAAUUAGAUCAGAAUUAUUUCUGAUGAUCUUCUGUAUGCUGAUUCUGUUUGGCUACAACACUGGCCUCUACCUCCUGAUAGCCAUCAGUGUAGAAAGGUGUCUGUCAGUUCUUUACCCCAUUUGGUACCAAUGCCAACGCCCAAAACACCAAUCUGCUGGGGUAUGCAUUUUUCUUGGGGCAUUCUCCAUUUUUGUGACCUGGUUAGAAAGCUCUGUGUGUGUGAGAGAACCAGAGCCCAAAUUCCCUUUUAGAUCCUGUGCUGUUGUGCAAGUAUUUUUGCUUAUCUUGAACUUCCUCGUAUUUGCCCCUCUUAUGGUCUUCUCAAGCUUGACCCUCUUCAUCAAGAUCAUCUGUAAUCUGAAGCACCGCCAGCCAGCCAAGCUUUACAGCAUCAUCAUCACCACAAUCAUUCUGUUCCUUGUUUUUGCCAUGCCUUUGAGAGUCUUGCUGAUGUUGUACAACUUCCAAAAUGAAAACGAUUCAUUUUUAUUGAUGUUAUAUUCAUAUUUGCAUUUAUUAUCCUGUAUCAAUAGUACUCUUAACCCAGUUGUCUAUUUGGUGGUUGGUCAGAUCAGGAGAAAGAGGAACAGGAAAUCCUUAAAAGAUACAUUGCAAAAGGUAUUUGAGGAUAAGCCACAUCCAAGAGUGAAAGAGAAAUCUGGGCACUACAAAAUCAGCAUUCUUAACCCACAACAACACUAAAAAGAAAAAGAAUGGUGCCCUGUAUAAAAAGCAUUAGGAACCCAGGAAAAUCUUUAGCCAGGCGAAGAAAAGAUUUCUACCUAUUUCUUUAUUUCUUUUUUUUGUGAGGCAACUGGGGUUUAGUGACUUCCCUAGUCAUAUAGGUAGGAAGUGUUUUGAGGUCAAAUUUGAACUCAGGUCCUCCUGACUUCAGGGCUGGUGCUCUAUCCACAGUACCACUUAGGUGCCCCUAAAUUGCUACCUAUUUAAUUGGACAGUUUUUAAACUCUAUUUGUAUCUCUCUCAUUGAGAAAGAAGAAAGACUGAGAAAAAGUGUGGUCAGCAUAAUUACUUUUAAGGUUAAUCCCUUCCAUUCACUGGCUUCUUUACCUCCUGCCCUCCAGACUAGACU